UUAAGUCGAGCGGGCGCUUCGCCCUGGAACAGGGGUGCCACCUCUACUCGGAAUGGUUCCCGAUUGCAAAUCAUGCCGUCCUGCCCGUCCAGCCGAGGACCCGACGUCCGUGAUGCUGUUCAGGAGUGUCAGACCAUCUGUUUAGCACUAGCCCCUCUUACACCGGAACCAAUGCCGGCCGGCCGCGUCCAUGACCCCUCACGCCUUCAUAUGCGUGCCGGGGCGGGCACGAAUGGUGCCGCAACCCUUGCCGCACCCCUUGUACUCCGCUGCGCGCGGCAGGAGUUCAACAACGCCUUCUGGGGACGGACUGGCCCCCGCCGCGAGGUCAGGUGGCAAAGCCGCCUCCACGCGGUGGAUACUUUAGUGGUCUACUUUACCGCCCAUCAUGUGUUUGCGUGUAUUUGUGGGCGGUGCGGUGUGAUCAUGGGCGCGGUGCGGUGUUAUCAUGGGCGCGUUCAAGGCUCAGGUGCCGCGCAUUGACAGCAUUAUUAGCCUCGCCCCGCUCGGUUGUGAAGCCGACAGGGCAGUCAAUGCGUCGGCUGUUCCAGGCGAAGACCAAACACAUUGCUGCUUCUUGAGUUCGUGUGGGAACGUGGCGAGUGCGCUAGGGCCUCGAAUGCCCUCGCCUCGGAUGCCCCCAGUCGGCUGGACAAUGACAGUCCACUGGCGAGGGUGGGGCUGUAGGCCUGUAGCACAACACGCUAAGGAGGUGCACCGGCUUCUGCUGCUCCAUUUUGAGCCAUAGGGUUAUGCGGAAGGGGGA